GACGUAUUAGAGGAACACAAGCUCAGCGAGUCGGCCGCACUUGCCACAGCUCGAGUGACCACAUCUGAUGACGAGGAUGGCAGCCACAAGAAACACGGCACCAACGGCAACCCCCUCUCCCCCAGCACACCCCCCGCGGCAGCACAGGGCCGAAAGAAGGUCGACUUUCUUAGCAGCAGCACAGACAGUCUGAGUUCACAAUCAGAAAACACCAAGUCCAAAGGCCUUUCGGCUCAAAUCGAAAAUUCGGGUGGCGAUGUCGACGUCAGUGUCACGGCCGGUCUCCAUGGCAACGAGACCAGGGACGGCCGGUGCGGGGCCGGGGAAGGAGAAAGUGUCGUAAACAGGACAGAUAGUGAUGGGUUAAGAGAGG